CGUGUGCGUUUUCGCGACACUUCAGGAAAUUAUCUCCAGAAACGAGAAGGAGUUGUGGCGAUUUCUCGUAAACGAGUGCAGAAAACAAAGUGCCAUGUUGCCGACGACCUCGCCACAAACCAAUGGCACCCUGAGUGCCAGGGAUGCUGCACGGCACACGGCGGGUGCCAAGCGCUACAAAUACCUACGGCGGUUGCUUCAUUUCAGGGCGAUGGACUUCGAAUUUGCUCUGUGGCAGAUGCUUUACCUGUUUACGUCACCACAGAGAGUCUACAGAAACUUUCACUACAGGAAACAGACCAAGGAUCAGUGGGCCAGGGAUGACCCUGCUUUUCUGGUCCUGCUCAGCAUCUGGCUAUGUGUGUCAACAAUAGGCUUUGGUCUUGUGCUGGACAUGGGAGUGCUGGAGACGCUGAAACUGCUGCUCUGGGUGGUCUUUGUUGACUGUAUAGGAGUUGGCCUGCUCAUAUCAACUCUUAUGUGGUUGAUCACCAACAAGUACCUGCUGAAACAACCCACCAGAAGCUUUGAUGUCGAGUGGGGCUAUGCAUUCGAUGUGCACCUCAAUGCUUUCUACCCACUUCUAGUCAUCCUGCACUUCCUGCAGCUUUUCUUUAUUAAUCAUAUUGUGGUGAUAAAUUCAGAGUGGUUCCUGGGAUAUUUUGUUGGGAAUACUCUGUGGCUGAUUGCCAUUGGUUAUUAUCUCUACAUAACAUUCUUGGGGUACAAUGCUCUACCCUUCCUGACAAACACGGUGGUGCUCCUCUACCCCUUCGCUCUCCUCGGGCUCAUCUAUAUCCUCUCUGUCUCGCUGGGCUGGAACUUCACACGGGGCCUCUGCUGGUUUUACAAAUACCGAGUCCAGUAGAAGACGCUCAGGUUGGACACUCGCUGGCCCCGAGCCAACCUGUCCUCAACUUCCACGUGCGCGACGAUGAAUCCGUUUCCGGCUGCCGUUAGUCAACGACUGGUAAAGAGGGACUUCUGGCCGACUCUCGGUCAACUGGGACUCCGGGGUCGAUGAGUGCAAAGCUGCCCGACUGUUGCUCAACUCUUUUUGAUUUUCUCUUUGGCUCUUUUGCUGAGCUGGAGUUCAGCCGUCGGUAAACGGUGACGCGUUUGGACUAACGGCAGAAACGAGGAGAUGGAUGAGGCGCCCCUUCCACCAUCGUUCUUUUUGUAUGCUUUGUAAAUUGUACAGUGGCGGGUUGUAAUAUAUACAGGAAGGAUUGUUUCUGAAAAAGAGUUUGCUUUAAGUUUUCCUUUUUAAAAGAAAAGGGACUGAGGGAAUCUAAGCGUGCUCAUUGAAAUGAAAAAGGAAAGCAGAGAACCGAUUGCUGACUUCUUUUUCCGUUUUAUUUUUUUCUUAGGUGUACAUUCCAAAGCACUUUCAAUAAAGGGUUUUAUUAACUUAAA